AUGUCUGACAGAGAUGAUGGAAGCCAGGCCCCAGGUGGCCAGGAGAGCCCCGUGGGUGUGGUGGGAGCCUGGGUCAGGGAAGAUGGAGAGCAGGAUGCCCUGAUCCUCAGCUCCAGGCCCCAGAGGGACGGGGAUGAUGAUGCUGCCGCCAUAGUGGCCUCAGAAGUCGCAGAGGCCAUGGAGAGCCUGGGGGAGGAGGCCGGGGCAGUGGGAGACCCUGAAAGCAGCACCAGUGAGGAGGAUUCUGACAUUGGCCCAGCAGAGGAGGAGGAGGAGAACUUGGAGCCAGGCCCAGAGAUGGUAGUAGAUGCCCACCAGUUCCCCAUGGUGGGCUUUCGCUUCAUGUUCCUGAACCUCUUGCACUCACUGCUACACCGCAUACACUACAACAACCAUAUCCUCCUGCGUCCCCGUGGUAUCCGCAGGAUGGCCCAGUCUAGGCAUCAGAGGUCUGGACGCAUGGCCCAGAUCCGUGUGAUUUUGAUGCCCGAAGGCUUCAGAGAACGGGUCGUAGCCAUGGUGCCCCAUAGCUCCAGAGAAAGAGUCUUAGCCAUGGUUCCCCAUGGCUCCAGAGAGAGGGUCGUAGCCAUGGUGCAUGAGUCUGCAGAUGGACCUGAGAGAUUUGGACCGGGGAUCCUGGCCCUCCCAGAGUCCGAAGGCCAGGUCCAGGACCUGGUGGAGGAGUCUGCGCCUGGGGAGAUGGCAGAGGUGGCACAGGAGGAGCCCACACAGGAGGCUGAAGCACCCCGGGAAACAACUGAAGAAGAGGCCCAGGGUGCUGAAAGUAAGGAAGACAAAGAGGAGUUGAAAAAAACAGGAAGGACCUGA